ACAGAAACUAAUUCAACUUCUUUCUACUAAAUAUGUCUACUGCUGUCAUUAACACCACCGAUAUUCCUACUACUACUACCGGCACCACUACCUCGAAACAGGUUCCAUUGGUCAAGUUUUUCACCCAUUUGGAACAGUAUCCCCUUGCUGUUGGCACGAAGGAAAUGUUGAGAUCGGUUCCUUACUUGGAAAUAACCACAAAGGCUGUUGUACCUUACACCAUCAGUUUAAGUGAGCUCCCAGGAUUGGCCUUCCUUACUCAGCUCACCGAAUCCAUUGCCAACGGAGUCUUGAACCAGGCGGACCGGUACAUUCCAAGCUUAAAAACGGUCCAGUGUACAGACUUGAGUCUGCCUGUUACACAAAUGACUGCGAGUGCUGUUGGAUGCACUUGGGCCACCAAGAAAGCGACUGAGAUGUUGGUUGACACCCACGUUACUCAACCAACGUUGAAAGCGGCGAUACAAGUUGAAAACUUGGUCCACAAAACUGUUUAUAACAGUGAAGGGAAGAACAAACUUUUGAGUCCUUUGGAUUCAGUUGUUGAGCCUCUCAACAACAAGAUGGUUGAGGUUGUUGAUCACUUCAAGCCUGACACCAAGAAGGUUUCCAAAGAUGAAACUUCAAGUGAAGUUUCCAGAAGUAGGAAGAUUAUGUGGAACUUCUUGGUGGGAGAAAAGCAGACUUAGUAGGCUGUCAACUGCUGUUCAGUUGUUCGUUUAGUUAG